AUAUUUUAGUAAAGGAUAAUCCAAUACUCUGAGAUGAAUAUAAAAUUUUAGCGGUUCAACUUGUUCAAUUGCAGGACGGAACAAGCAGAUCCAGCAACCUUUUUUCCCCCCCCCCUCCCUGGGUCUUCAACUCUUAUUUUUCGGUCCUUUUUUAUUCUUGAAGCAAUCCUCAGGUUAUAAACGUGUUAUGAUUGAAAGUUUUGAACUUUCGAAUCAUUUAAUUUAAAUAUGAAUGACUGUCGCUAAUAAUAACAUCAGUCAGAAGUCCCGGAGAAAGGGCCUGCUGUUGGACGUUGAACUAUGAAGUUUACAAGAAGAUGGUGGUGAUAAUGUCCCUGGACCAACCGCUACCUUAGCCAACAACUACCAAAUUGGAAUCUUCGUACUCAAGAGACUAAUGCCUUGGAGCUACCUUAUUGUUAUUGCUUUCUAUUCACAUUUUCUUCCUGUUCUUGAGUUUCUUAGCCGGCAUUUUUCCCAGCUUUAGUUAGAUCUCAGCUGGGACACUGUAUGAAUGGCAAAUUUCAGAUCAUUUCUCAGUCUCUGUGUUCUGAAUCUUGUGUUGAACUUCAAAGUCACAGCAUCAGUGGGUGAUAAUGGCGGGGUUGGUUCUGCAACAGAAAGCAAUUGCAAGAACACGAAUUAUCAAAGCUUUCUCCCUCCACCAUAUCAGAACAUAUCUCAUAUGAUAUGCAGACCUGUAUGGAAUACAUAUGAACUGAGGUUCACUCAAAAUGAUCCUCAGACCACAACUAUCAUCCUAUCUGCCCCCUACACAGUUGGGUGGGUAGGAAUUGGGUUUUCAAAAGAUGGGAUGAUGGUUGGUUCAAGUGCAAUGGUGGGAUGGAUUAGCCAACAUGGUCAUGGAAAAGCUAAACAGUUUUAUCUGCGGGGCAGAAAAUCAUCAGAAGUAAUAGCAGACAAAGGAGAAGUGCCUCUCAACAAUGUUCCUGCAGCUGUGGCAAUUGAUGGGGCUCAAAUUCACUUGGCAUUUCAGUUGCAGACCACAUCCCCACUUGGGAGGCAACCAAUUUUGCUGGCUUUUGGUGCUAAAACCCCGCAGAAUCAUCACCUCUCAAAGCAUGUUGAUAAAACAGCUAUUGUAUUUGAUUUCUCUUCAGGUUCUCAGGGUUCUGUAUCCAAUAACUUGAAUCAGAUGAGGAAGAGCCAUGGAAUAGUGGGUAUAAUAGGGUGGGGUCUAAUCUUACCUGUUGGGGCAAUUGUUGCAAGAUACUUCAGGCAUAAGGAUCCUCUCUGGUUCUAUCUGCACUCGGUGAUUCAGUUUGUUGGAUUUGGAUUCGGACUUGCCACAGUCCUUCUCGGGCUACAGCUUUACUCCAAAAUGCAAGUUCAUAUACCAGCUCACAGAGGCAUAGGCAUCUUUGUCCUUGUGCUAAGCAUUCUUCAGGUCUUAGCAUUCUUCUUGAGACCAAACAAAGACUCCAAGAUCCGCAAGUAUUGGAAUUGGUAUCACAGUUGGUUUGGGAGAUUGGCGCUAUUCUUUGCAGCCUUGAACAUAUUGUUGGGGAUGCAAGCUGCAGGAGCAGGGAGUGAUUGGAGAAUAGGCUAUGGAUUCUUGCUUAGUAUAGUAAUUGUUGCCGUCAUAGUUUUUGAAGUUUUAGCUUACUUGAAGAGGAAAGAGAGGCGUUCUCUACCUCCCAGCAUCCAAAUGGACCCUAAUGGACUUGCUUCAAUUCCAAGUAAUCUAACCAAAGGGUGAAUGUGAAUUGCUGCUAGUUUUGGGCAUCCAGACACAGUAACUUGUCAGAUUGAAUCACGGCUUUCAUCAGGCUAUUCAUUUGAGGCAUAUGAUUGAACCUGAACUUUGACACCGUAGAAGCUAUUCUUUGGGUGAGAUCAUGUAAAGAAGAUACUUGUAUAGAUAACAAAUUAAAGCGACAAGGUUGCUAAGUUGGUUUGGCAAAUCUCUUCUUUCAGCUUGAGAAAAGGAUUGAACACUUUUUUGGCUUCUUUGGUGGGUUUUUGCCGCUUGGGCGGGAAUGUAAAUGGCUUCUUGUAUUGCUUCCUGUUUACAUCAUCUAAGUCUUGUUUUUCUAGAGACGUGUGUUGACAAAAAUAGUGAAAGAGAUUGAUGUUUUCGCAGAGAAAUGCUUCCGUUAAUGAUUUUAUGAUUUUUAGGAGUAUUGAAUCAAUACUUAUAUAUGCUUUUAUUAUUA